CAGAAAUUUAUCAACCUCAAUGAUUACCCACAGAGCGCUCACUGAGCCGUCCAGGCAAAGCGCAUGUUACGUGUGUCUAUCAUGUACCCGUCGAUACUUUCACUGCGGGUCAAUUCUAGCUCAAAACCAGCCAGAUGAGCAACAAACCCAGAUCGCAAGACGAGUUGCGAACCCCUUCGCCUCAACGAGAUCCACCGCACAAGCAAGCACUCCGUCGCAAACUACAUCAUGGCGUCACGACCAGAUCCCGGAGAAAUCACGAGUGCUUCCGAAAGCGUCGAUUCCGCCAGUUGAUGUCCACCCAUCUAUCGCGAUUGCCCGGAGAGUGCCCUCCAGUAACAGGUCAGAUCCUGGAGAGGACUUUUCAUCAGUGGUGGAAAGAGCAUCAGAUCUUUUGAACGAGCUCUCCAAAGGGACCUUGGGAGAAGCUUCGAAAGGAGCUUCGAAAAAAUCUUCGAAAGGGGCGUCGAAAUCUCAGGACGGUCGGAAAGUCCUAUCACCACUGGAAGUGAGAGUCUCGGAAAGGCUCAGGGCGGAGAUAGCAAGAGCGGAGAAUCUCCUGAACAAAUCCAAAGGCCUCAAGCAGAAGGGGCGCAAGGUACAAGCACCUAAAGUAUCUAAAAGAAAUGCUGCGCAAUCUUCAUCAAAACAAGGCCCGGCUGAAGAGACUGCCACACGGGAUCCGCCCUCGUCCGAAAGCACCAUUCAGUUACUGCCCAAAUCUCUCGUGAUUCAACCCCUCGAUGUUCCUCAGCCACCAGUACCAUAUCUUUCAUACGGCCUGGAUCGCGUGCUCUUCAACCCUGGGAUCUAUUCCUUGCAAGAUCCGUCCUCUCGAGUGUACAAUUUUGACCCGUAUCUCGAAAAAAUCAUGCCCGUGAACGAGUUCGACUUCUCGGCUUUGAAGCAGUACAAAACAUCUUCACAGGAUACCGCAUUGGCGAGGCUUGCCCAGGAGCAUGGCAAAAAGUACAUCGGCUCGACAUCAAGUAUGACAACGACACUUUCGCAAUUUCAUUUCUGUCUCUCUCGCUGGCGCCCAAUAAACACCAUAAAUCUGUCGAAAGGAUUCAUGAAAACCGAGAACGCUGUAGCGUCAUUCACAAAGAUCAAUAGAACACCGGCUGCAAUUUUUCUUCGCUACAAGGACGGGUGCUAUGCAAUCGAUGUCGAUAAAGAAUAUGACAGCGCAAAUGUCCUCAUGCUUUUGGGGAAGUCACUCGAGCUUUUGCUCACAUUGCCCAGGUCUAAGUACGAGAUUUACCGUAAAAGCGAUCCUCGCACAAUUUCUGAGGUUCAGAAAUCGGAGCCGGAGAGCUACCAGUACACGAUCAUGGGAGAUUUCUUGAUGCGUUCACAAUUGGAUGCCUAUGAUCACCGCCUCCCCGGCAAUGGUACGUUUGACCUAAAGACCCGCGCCGUACUGCCGAUCCGCAUGGACGCCCAGAACUAUCACUCGAUGAAGGAUUAUGAGAUCAAAAGUUUAUCCGGUACUUUUGGAUCAUAUGAGAGAGAAAUGUACGAUAUGAUGCGUGCCACGAUGCUCAAGUACAUGCUCCAGGUCCGCAUGGGGCGCAUGGCCGGCAUUUUUGUGGCCUAUCACAACGUACAGCGCAUGUUUGGUUUCCAGUAUCUUCCGCUCCACGAGAUGGACUUGGCUCUACACGGCCAAACCGAUCCUUGUUUGGGCGAUCAGGAAUUCAAGGCGAGUUUGGAGUUGCUCAACAUUGUUCUCGAGAAAGCAACCACCAGAUUCCCGGAGACGUCGUUGCGCGUGCACUUCGAAGCGACCGAAGACGUGAAGGGUGGGGAGGCAUGUUCAUUGAAUGUCUUCGCCGAGCCAAUGAGCGACGAACAGAUCGAUACCAUCCAAAGCAAGAACAAAGUCGCGAUCGCCGAAGCAGAAAGGAUCAUGAUGGAAGGCCUCGACCUCCCUGAAGAGGAUAAUUCGCCAGAUGACAAUCCGUCGCCUACAAAUCCCGAUCCUUUGGUGACUGAAGCUCAGUGUUCUCCAGAAGAGAACGCCGUCGAGGGACUUUUGAGUACUGAAGACACAUUGGACGAGGACGAUGCAGCUGCCACCUCUUUCCUUGAUGGAAUCGAGGAAGAGUCCUCUGCCGUUGAUGAAAGCGCAGACAACGACCAGCUGUCUCCCUCGCCCGCACCCGAUACCGAUGACGAGGUUCCUUUGACUGAAAAAGAGACGUUCGACGAUGACGAGAUAACUGCCAUAUCUACAUCUGAUGUCGACUCCGAGAAUUCUCUGUCUGAAGCGACAUCUACAUCUGAUACCAUUGACGAGGAAUCAGUGACUGAAGAGGCGUCUGUCACAUCUGAAUCUGAUGGUGCUGAGGAGGAUUCUCUGUCUCAACAGACACCAGAAAAUGAAGAUUCGACCGACACCCCUGCCACAACUUCUGACGAGGCGAUUGACCAAACUCUAGCCGGCAGCGCAAAAGAAAUCGCAAUUGACAAUGGACAGCAAAUUCUCUUCAUAAAGAUCAAGUCCCGGAAUAUAGUCAACGGAAGCCCCCUGGAGCGGCCUACCAACCUUCGCGAGACCGAUGAAUGGCGCAUCGACUACGAGCUCAAAGAAUAUGACAAUACGACCUACGCCUGGGCGGAGUAUCAGGCCUUGAAGUCGCGGCGCAAGACCGGUCUCGAUUCACACAGCGAAGACGCCGAUCCCGCUGAAAAGGAAUCGCAAAGCAAGCGCAACGAGUCCUAUCACCGGCUCCUGCGCGAGCUGGUCCUUGAAGGACGAAAGCAUCGCGUGAUGCUAGACGAGCUGGAUGCCGGCAAGGACAAGGUGCUCUAUGAGAAUUUCAGUGCGAAGGACACUGGCGAAGUGGACAGCGUAGAGAGUUAUAUGGAUUGGCUUUAUGGGCCCAAGUAGACCGGACGGCGUUGAUUUCGUUUUCUGGGGAUGUAUCAUAGGUGUCGAGGACUUAGAGGAAGAACUCCUCCCCCAUUAUCUUUGUACAAUUAUCUACACGAUAGAAUUUAUGACGAGCAAGCGGGUCGACUUGCAUUUCUCUCUCUUAGUACGAGCCAUUUGCCGCAAUCGUGCCAUUGAGACGAUGUGCUUGA